CCUCCGUCCUCCUCAGUUUCGCAUCUCUAGGGCUCACCGAGCUAUGGAACUUGAUUUUGGACACUUUGACGAAAGAGAUAAGGCGUCCAGAAACAUGCGAGGCUCCCGUAUGAAUGGCCUGCCCAGCCCCACUCACAGUGCCCACUGCAGCUUCUACCGAACGAGGACCUUGCAGGCGCUGAGCAACGAGAAGAAAGCCAAGAAGGUGCGCUUCUAUCGCAACGGAGACCGCUACUUCAAGGGGAUUGUGUACGCCGUCUCUUCGGACCGCUUCCGGAGCUUUGACGCCUUGCUGGCCGACCUCACCCGGUCUCUGUCUGAUAAUAUUAACCUGCCUCAGGGAGUUCGCUACAUUUACACCAUCGAUGGCGGCAGGAAGAUCGGGAGCAUGGACGAGCUGGAAGAAGGUGAAAGCUAUGUGUGUUCUUCGGACAACUUCUUUAAGAAAGUGGAAUAUACCAAGAACGUCAAUCCAAACUGGUCGGUCAACGUGAAGACCUCGGCCAACAUGAAAGCACCUCAGUCUCUGGCCAGCAGCAACAGUGCCCAGGCCAGGGAGAACAAGGAUUUUGUGCGUCCCAAGCUGGUGACCAUCAUCCGGAGCGGGGUGAAGCCAAGGAAGGCCGUUCGUGUCCUCUUGAACAAGAAGACCGCCCAUUCCUUUGAGCAGGUUCUCACUGACAUCACAGAAGCCAUAAAACUUGAAACGGGAGUUGUCAAGAAGCUCUACACUCUGGAUGGGAAACAGGUGACCUGCCUCCAUGAUUUCUUCGGGGACGAUGAUGUGUUCAUUGCCUGUGGUCCAGAAAAGUUCCGCUAUGCACAGGACGACUUUUCUCUGGAUGAGAACGAGUGCCGAGUAAUGAAAGGGACCCCCGCGACUACUCCAGGCAGCAAGUCAUCCCCAACACCUCAGAAGAGUUCGGCCAAGAGCCCAGCCCCUGUGCGCCGGAGCAAAUCCCCCGCUGAUUCAGGUAACCUUCAAGAUGCAAAUGGAACAUCAAGCAGCCAGCUGUCCACCCCCAAAUCGAAGCAGUCCCCAAUCUCCACACCUACCAGCCCAGGGAGCCUCCGCAAGCACAAGGACUUGUACCUGCCUCUGUCCUUGGAUGAUUCUGAUUCCCUCGGAGACUCCAUGUAAAGAAAACCCAGUGGGCCCGUGUGUAUAAUACACGCUUCUGUUUUAGAUGCAGUGCAGUCCUUCUGCCCAAAAAGGAGCAGAGAGGGCACUGGUGCUUGCGAACCAAUCCAAGGACACAAAGUUAUGUCUUUUUCCUCCCCUUAUGGUUUAUCCUCUGUGCCACAAACCAACACCCAUCAGCCAACAGAGAUAAAGGGAUACCAUGAUACGAGUAACUUCAUAAUAGAGCAAAACAGCGACCCCUGGCAAUUGGAAAUCAGGGUGAUUAUCAUCUUGUGCCCUCGCAGAUGUCUCUUCCUCUAUUCUGGGGUGCUACAUUUAUGUUUGGCUGCAGGGAAGGUGAUGACUUCCUCUCUUUUUUGUACAAGCUUUGCAUUAGCACACGUCCUAAUCCUGAUAGCAAAUGUUGUCCUAAGGCCAAAAUGGAAACGUUUCUAGACACCAGCACCUUUCCCCAAAAUAAUGAUAAAACCAGCAAGAAUUCUGCAGAGGCAGAACUGUUUCCCUUUUUGUCUUUCCGAGAGUUCACACCUGCCUAGUGUAUGACGCCAGUUUCUGUUACUCAAGGCCAGUAGGGAGAGAGAUCUGUUGAUACCAUCUUUAAAAGAUGCCAAGACAGAGUGAGGUUGUUACAAUAUCGCAUAGUAAAGAGUUUCAUCAAUUGUAAUUCUACUCUCAGAUUGGACAAUAGGGUACAUUUUAAUAAAUGCACAAGGAUAUUUCAGCUGUAUUUGAUUUUUUUUAAAGAAGACUAUAAUAUAUAACUGGCAAUAAAAAUGGUCUGACUGAUAUGAAGUUAUUUUAACUGCCGAAUGGUAUCUCUCUAUCUCUGUGUAGAAUAUUAAUGCCUUGUAAACAGCCAACACUGAAAACACUGUGAAAAUUCUGUUUUCAGGUCUGACACCUCGAGGUAAUUUUUUUAAAAAACAACACGCUUUUAUAGAGGAAAAUAAUUUUAGCUGUGUUUUAGAAAGUCUGUACUUCAAGCUCCUUUUUAAAAAAAACCUGGUGACUUUCUUUUACUUAAAAAAUGCAAAUUUUUUAAAAAAUGUACAAAAAAAAGUUCAAAACAACUGUUUCGAAGUUGCUGCCAAACUGGCGCCAGAGGUACAAAAACCCGGAAGGGGGUGCAUGGGUGGUGGGGGACAGGGAUAUUGCAAUCAAUUCAAUAUUUUGAGAGUGUUUUAUAACAUAUUACACUUCUGUUUUGCAUUCUCUGUGUUUCUAUAAACUUAAACUCGGGCCAGAUGCUCAGAUUGUAGAACUGGUAGGGGUAUUCACAACAAAGUACUUUGAACAGCUCUUUCUUCUAAAGACAACACGUUCUAAUGUAAUGGAAAGACAAAGGGAUCUUUUCAUUUUUAACUGACCUUGGUACACAGUUAUAUGCAGAGCUGACCAUUUUUCCUGGGCCCAGAUAUAGGUGGGGCAUGUGGAUGUGUCCCUUAUUUGGGGGGAAUCAGCGCUCAGUAGUCUUGUUGUCAAAUGUUAUCCAAGCAAUACCCAUCCAAACCGACCUUUGGGCUGCUUUCCAGCUCUGCUUCAGAUUUCUUUGCUACCCCCUGUGAUUAUAGAAUGUAUUACGACCAUUUGUUAUGAUUGGGGAUUUUGGGGAGGGGAGACAAUUUGUGUUUUUAAAAUUCUGUGGUCUGUGUUUUUUGUUUUGCGAGCUGCCUUGGGCAAUUUGCUUAAAGUGGAAAGAAAAGAAGUGACUCAUCGUAAUAAAGGAAUCCUAACCAAUGGGCCACUGAA